AUGUCGCCCCCUCCCGAUCCUGUGUCUGCGCCGUCGCCUGUGCCUCCUGCUGACCUGGCCCCUGCGCCUGUUGUGGCGCCACCCCCUGCCGUGGCGUCGUCGUCCGCGCCUGCUGUGGUGACAGCCCCUGCUCCUGAAGUGGCGCACCUGGGAGCACGCGGUGUGGCAUCUGCUCCUGCGCCUGCUGCGGCGACUGCACCGGUGCCGGCAGCCGCGUCUGCUCCUGCGCCUGCCGCGGCGCCUGCUCUGGCGCAACCUCCUGCGCCCGCCGCUGCGGCUUCGUAUGCGGCUGCUGUGGCGGCCUCCGUGCUGCUGCCGGUCAUCCUGAGCGUCUAUCUCACAUUCACGGCCUUCAUAGCAAAGCCAGAGGAUCUCGAGAUUCGAUUGGGGGCGUGCCUCACGCUCUUCCUUGCACUCGUAGCCAUCCAGUUCGUCAUUGACAGCCAGCUGCCGCGCACGUCAGCGAUAACCAACUUUGGGUAUCUGAUGAUAGUGUCGUACAUUGUCAUCUGGCUGUGCACCAUGGAGACCCUCAUCGCCUUCUGCAUCGCCGAGCGCAUCGAGAAGAACGUGCAGGAGCUCGUGCAGGACACUCUGCCGCCCGCCCUCUCCUUCAAGCGCCCUGCUGGGGACAGGGCAGCAGGCGAGAAGCUGAUGGGCGGUGGGGAGGACGCGGAUGGAGCUGACAGCAACGACCCUGAAGCCAUUGCGGAGGCUGCAGCGGAGAGGAGGGCUGCUGCAGCUGAGGAGAAGCAGAAGAACGUCGUCCCGGGGCUGCUGCUCGUGCCGCUCCUGCUCCUCUCCCUCAGCGUCUUGCGGAUCCACGCGCGCCACGGCCCCGAGAUAGCCGCUGCGGACGCUCAGCCGCAUUCCCGCAGCGGGAUUCCCGCCGCCGGGGGUGUCGCAGAUUCUCAUGGGGGGCAGUUCGAAUCGCAGUCACCGGAGGUCGGGGCAUCCGGAGGGCGCCAGCAGGGCCCAUCAGCCGCAAGCGGAGGCAGAAGGGUAGCCAACACGGGGAGCAAUGACGGCGCGGCGGAGUCGAUUGCGGAGUGGAAGCGGCGAUCAGCGGAAGCGGGCGCGCACUUCUUCCCCCUGCAGCGCGCGGAAGACGCCCGCAGCAGGGACGAGCUGCACCGCCGGAUCCUCGCGAGCAUGGGGCAAGGCAUGAAGCCCCCGGAAGCGUCAGGCACGGUAUCGCAGGAGAAGGGGUAUCGUUUGCCGCUGUUGAACUACGAGAGCGCGCUGGUCUCAACGGCCAAUGGCACAAUGGGCAACACCAUGGUCAACUACAGCACCUUCCUCAAUGACAACCAGAUCCGCCUCCCGUAUGUGCCGCCAUGCCAUGCCCCACUCUCUGCCCGCCACUCUCUGCCCUGCCGGCCACUCGCUGCCGGCCACUCGCUGCCCGCCACUCGCUGCCCGCCACUCGCUGCCCGCCACUCGCUGCCCGCCACUCGCUGCCGGCCACUCGCUGCCCGCCACUCGCUGCCGGCCACUCGCUGCCCGCCACUCGCUGCCCGCCACUCGCUGCCCGCCACUCGCUGCCCACCACUCUCACUCACUCUCUCAAAACGCACUCUCACGCCGCCCUCUCUCAGCAACUCGCAAGCACCCCUCUCUCGGUCAACCAUCAUCCCCGGCCCCAGCCCUUCACAACAGACGCUUCCCACGUUCCUUCUCCCCUCUUUCUCCGCUUUCUCCCCCCACCCACGCUCACUUCUCCCACCCUCAUGUCACCGCGUGUAUCCGUACUACGUGAAUCUCAAGCUGGGGUCGCAGAAGCAGCAGUUCAGCAUGGCGCUCAAUGUGCUUAUACAAGACACGUUCGUGCCCUGCGACUGCCUGCACUGCGGCUCCAUGCGCAAGGGGACCACAACAAGCAAGCCCUUCAGCACGCUCGCCUCCACAACCCUCAAGUACAUCUCCUGCAGCGACCAGCGCUGCAUGACGGGUGUUGACUCCGGCUACUACGGCUGCAACACAGAUGGGCUCGGCAACUACAUCAACACCACGGGCCUGCUGCCUGGGGACGACGCUCUCUGCGUGUACAGUGCGAGCGCAUCAGGCUAUGACUACUACGAAGCUGACUUUGAUACGGGAUCGUACCUUCAGUCGGUGGGGCAUGUGGUGGAGGACACCGUCUACCUCACUGCACCUGAUGGUACCGAAGUCAACCGAUCCAUCGUUUUUGGCUGUGGAGUGAACCAGCAGGGCUACUGGGGCAUGCAGGGGUGGCAGUACGGGUCAUGGGCAGCAGGAGGCGUGCUGGGGCUGGGGUGGGGCAGCCCCUUCCUCUGGCAGCUCACCGGCAUUAAUGACCCAAGCGCCUUUGCGGUGUGUCUGGAGGAGCCGACCCCCACCAACAAGACGGGGUGGGAUGGCGAGCUGCCGCUGCAGACAGGCAGCAGCCAUCUCACCAUCGGAGCCACCGGCCUCCCUGCCGGCGCCAGCUACUCGCAUAUCCAGAUGACAAUAAGCAACGCCACGCACACCCUCAACAUCACAGACGACCCAGCCGACGUGCCGGCGGACUUCCCUCAGGAUACCACGCCGGGCUUCUACUUCAUGCCCGAGUCCUUCGUGCAUCUCCUGCGCUACCCUCUCUUGAUUGAUCUUCUCGACAAGCUCGCAGACAUGACAGGGCAAGAUUUAACCUUUUAUGGAUAUGACAAGGACAUGUAUCGGCUUGUAUGCUUCACCAACAAGAACAAGGCGGUGGAUCCGUUCACGGCCUUCCCCACCAUCGACAUUUCUUUCCUCUCUGCAGACAACACCAGCGCCACCUCCCACUUCUAUCUCAAGCCUCGCGAGUACCUCGCCCAGAUUGCGCCUCUGACUUACUGCGUUAUGGCCACAUAUCUUCCUGCCGACAGAAACUACUACAGCUUGAUUGGAGAGCCGGCGCUGUUCAACAAGUACCUCUUCCUCGACUACACCAACGAGAUUGCAGGAUGGAUGGACGCCCCUAACUGUGGAGCUGAGCCACUACUGCCACCACCCUCCCCUCCACCGCCUUCGCCUGUUUUCAAAGGGGACACCCACUCCUCCCCAGUGGCAGCAGCACUAUCAUCUGCCAUUGUCCUUGCCACCUCUGCCGCUCUGCUUGCUCUCAGUCUUCACUAG